AUGCUUGCCUGCCCUUUAAUUUGUCACAUAUAUCAGAUUUUAUUUCUGAAAUAUUGUUCAUAAGAUCUCUGGGCUGGGGUUUGACCGAAAUUAAGUCUCCCUUUUUCAUUUUCAAUCUGGUGGGAAAUACAAACACUUCAAUUGCAGCUACAGCUUGUAUGGUGAUUCAGAUAUAUUCGCUACAGGUAAUAGAUGAUCACUCGGUAUGCGUGUGCUAUAAAAAUGAGACGUUUAGCCUCUAGAAUCUGUUAUCUGUGUAUGUUAGGUCCCACUGUUACUGCACAUAGCAGAUACUGGUGAAAAGGAUCUAAGUCUACUUAAGCUGAAGAUUAGUUCUGAAAGCAUGGAAUGCAAUAGAGAUGAAGCGGGCCGAGCAAAAAUUAUUGCCGAGAAGAAAUUAGAGGACAGGGAUUUUGCUGGUGCAAAGAAAUUUGCCUUAAAGGCCCAAAAUCUUUAUCCUCCUCUUGAGGGUCUUUCCCAGAUGCUGACGGUACUUGAUGUGUAUAUUGCAGCAGAAAAUAAAAUUAGAGGGGAAAUGGAUUGCUAUGGAGUAUUAGGUGUACCCUGUUCUUCUGACGAUGAAACAAUAAAGAAACAGUAUAGGAAGUUGGCUCUUAUACUUCACCCUGAUAAAAACAAGACAAUCGGUGCGGAUGGUGCCUUUAAGCUUCUCUCAGAAGCCUGGGGUUUGUUGUCUGACAAGGCAAAGAGGUUAGCUUAUAACCAGAGGAGUUUAAAUGGGUUCCAACAGAGAGUUCCGUCUCAGUCAGGAAGGCCAUCAGCAGUUCCCAGUGGAAAUGGCUUCCAUAAUGUAACAAGUAGAGCGCCUCAUUUAAAACCAAAAUCUCAUAAGAAGACUGCUUCCGCACCAGUAUUUCGCAGAACAGAUACAUUUUGGACUAUCUGCAACCGGUGCAAGAUGCAUUAUGAAUAUGUGAAGAUAUACCUCAAUAACACCCUCCUUUGCCCCAAUUGUCAUCAGGCUUUUCUGGCUGCAGAGGUUGAACCUCCUGACAAUCUUCCCCUGUCCUCCAGUGCAAAUUCUGAGCAGCCACAUCAGAAAAAAAGCAAUCAAGCUCCCAAUGGUAAAUCAGGUAAAAACACUACAUCAACACAAAAUGUUCGACAAGGAGGGUCAGCGGCUCCGAAUUUAUAUAAGCAUUCGAAUUUGCAUUCUGGUACCUCCAGUGUCUCUAGGACAGGCAAAGGUGAACCCUCCAUUGCUGCAAAAUCUGCAAAUGUUGUUCAGCAAGCAAAUGAGAGAUUAAAGAGAGCAUGCGAGGAGUCGCGAGGUACUUUUUACAAGGGAGAAGUCCCCUCUAAGAGAAGGGUAGUAGAUGGUGCUGGUCCUGCUGGAUCCGGAUUCCAAAACCUUUUUGGGUUGCAUGGGUUUUCUGGCAUUAUUAACAAGCCUAAUGGCACUAGGGAGUUGACGCCUCUUGAAACCCGAAACAUGCUAAUUGGAAAGGCCCUGAAGGAGGUCAAGAGGAAAUUGAGUGAAUGGACCUUAGACGCUGCUAGUAAGGCUGAAGAGAGAAGCAAGGUAGAACAAAGAAAGAAACUGAAGAAUGGGAUGAAGUUUGAUGAAGAAGUGACUGUGAUUGGUGAGUACUCCCUUGCCAAAGAUGGAACCAGAGAACAUGUCAAUUGUACUUCUGUUGAUGGCGAGUCCAAGGAGGACCCUGUAGCUCUGGCAAUGAAUGUUCCAGAUCCUGAUUUUCAUGAUUUUGAUAUGGAUAGGACAGAAAGCUCUUUCGGAGAUAAUCAAGUUUGGGCUGCAUAUGACGAUGAUGAUGGCAUGCCGCGCUUUUAUGCUUUUAUUCACAAGGUUAUCACUAGGAAGCCAUUCAAAAUGAGAAUCAGUUGGCUCAACUCGAAAACAAACAAUGAAUUUGGUCCACUAGAGUGGGUUAGUCGUGGGUUCUCCAAAACCUGUGGAGAAUUCAGGGUCGGGAAAUAUGAAAUCAACAAGUCUUUAAAUUCAUUUUCACAUAUGGUUAAGUGGACGAAAGGUGCACGCGGUGUCCUACAGAUACUCCCGAAAAAAGGAGACAUAUGGGCUCUAUACAGGAACUGGUCUCGUGACUGGAAUGAACUCACCCCUGAUGAAGUCAUCCUUGAAUACGACAUGGUGGAAGUGCAUGAUGACUACAGUGAAGAACAAGGUGUUUCUGUAAUUCCUUUAGUCAAAGUUGCUGGCUUCAGGACAGUAUUUCAUCCACAUCGGGAUAGUGAUAAGGUGAUAAAAAUACUAAAAGAAGAGAUGUUCCGAUUUUCGCAUCAGGUUCCACACUACACGCUUACAGGCCAAGAAGCUGCAAAUGCUCCGAAAGGCUACCUGGAGCUGGAUCCAGCGGCUACCCCAAUGGAACUUCUUCAAGUUCUUUCAGAAACUGAUAAGGUGCCUGCAAUGAAAAAAGAAAAUGUUGAGGAUAAACUGCAAGGUACCUCGGGAAAUGGUGUAGUUGAUACUGCUGAAGGUUCUUUCCAAGCUGAAAAAGAUCAGGUCGUAUAAGAUUAGCGAAGGAGGUUUUUAAUUAAAUGUGAAGAAUUUUUAGGAUACAUAUGAUAUAGUAGUUGAAUUUUUGGGUAUACAGUUAUGACCUUAAGUAGAUAAUUAAACUCUUGACGCACAGGUAGAUGAAAAAUUGAAUCUAGUGUCUUGGUUUAGACUAUUGUAGCAUGCAAUUGUGUCAAGA